UGUGUGUGCUAUGCUCUCAGUGGUGUCUGACUGACAGCCACUCUGCUCGCAGAGGUCAGUGUGACAGUCCUCCCAUCACUCUCACCAUCUGAUGAGGAGUGAAAGGGAGAGUAGACGGGUUGAGGAGCACGGCCCGAUGUUUCUUUCACCUUCCACGCUGAACCCGAUGAGGGAACUGGGGACAAAGUACAAAGAAAGAGAGGCCGAAGGAGCCCAACCCCCCGUUUAACCCCUGCAUGAUGGCGUUCCUGCAGCAGAUGCGCUCCCCUCGCCUCUCCUUCAUCCAGACCGUUGUGUCUCUCAUCACGGGGGGCUUUGCCCUCAUGUCCUCCUACUGGUGCGUGGGUAAACAGAAGGUGCCCAAGCCACUCUGUUCGCCCAUCAAGCAGAGCGACUGCAUCCCCGUUCCCGGCCUCACCAACACCUCCACCAUCCAGUUCUCCUGGGUGACGGGGGACGACCGCUUCGUCUUCCCCACCUUCCAUACUGGCCUGUUCCUCAUCUGCGAGGAGAACAUCUACACAGACGCGUGGGAGGAGAAGUGUCGAGGGUUUUAUAUUUUGACUCCAGGAUCAGAAAAAGCGAUGAUGUGGCUGUCUCUAUCGCUGGAGAUCAUGUAUGUCGGCCUGCUGUUCAUCAGCUGCACACUGCUGUCCGUGCAGUUGUGUAUCCGGACCUGUUGCCCCUCCACGCAGCGCUGGGGCCAGCUGCUCAACGCUUUCGCUGCUGUCUUCACGGUCCUGGGAGGUCUGCUUGGGAUGGUGGGUCACAUGAUGUUCAUGCAGGUGUUUCAGACCACCGCCUCAAUGGGACCAGAAGACUUCAAACCUCACAGCUAUGGCUACUCCUGGGCGUUCUACAUGGCCUGGUUUGCCUUCACUGUCUGCAUGUCCGCCGGUGUCUCCACCCUGAACAACUACACCAAGAAGGUCCUGAUGGUGGGGCCCAGACACAGCUCCAGCCUCAACGCCUGCAGCUUUAACUUCGUGGGGCUCCUGCCACCUUAUUACACCCCUGCUAACCCAGCCCUGGCCUGUCCCCCGUCUCCCCCCCGGAUCUCCCACUUGUCUCCCUACUACGAGCCCCCCACGGCAGAGUCACCGGCCUCCGGUGCGAGGCUCAAGCACUCCCACUCCCUGCCUCUCCCCCACUCACACUCCUUCCCUCCUCCCCCCUCCCUCCCUGCGCCCUCCUCCCCGUUCCACCGCCUCUCGCUCCCCUCUCCGUCUCCGUCACACACCCCGUCCGUCUCCGUCCACCUGAGCCUACCGGGACACCAGGAGAGCCAUUACGAGCCGGAGGACUACAGCCCACUUUAAACCAGUGGAGUGAGUCUUAAGUCUGAAUUAAGUCCAUUUAUUGAGUCCAGGGACUCAAUAAAUCCAGGGAAUCAGCUGUGAUAACAAUCGCUCAGUUCUAAUAGAGAAGGAAAGUGUAACAACAAUUGUUUUACAAACUGAACAUAUAGCACAGGAAUGCUUCAUAAACUGUAUUAUUUAGAAACAAAUCUUACUAAAACUAUUUUCAAUUGUCAUAGUUUAAACUUCUGAUAUCUUCCUUUGGCUAAUGCUCAUAAUUGUAAUAAAUGUGAUCAUCAGAC